GGCGCGGCCUAUCACAUGUUCGUGCUGAUGGAGGACCUGCUGGACAAGCUGAAGCUGCUGAGCUACGAGGAGGAGGCGCUGCGGCGCCACAACAUGCGGCCGCUCUCCAGGCACUACUUUGCACUGCCCACUAAUCCCGGUGAGCAGUUCUUUAUGUUUUGCACACUUGCUGCUUGGCUGAUCACUAAAGCGGGACAUCCCUUCGAACAGCCGCAAGAAUAUGACGACCCCAAUGCAGUAAUAUCAAAUGUACUCUCAGAAUUGCGAUCAUUUGGAAGGCCUGUGGAUUUUCCUCCCUCAAAAUUAAAGGCAGGUUACGGAGAGCAAGUGUGCUAUGUUCUUGAUUGUUUAGCUGAAGAAGCCUUGAAGUACACUGGCUUUAGCUGGAAAAGGCCAGCAUAUCCAACAGAAGAGCUAGAAGAAGAAGAAAUAAUGGAAGAUGAUGCAGAAUUAACACUUAAUAAACUGGAAGAGGAUGUUGCGGAAGAAGAGUCAGACAAUGAAGAAAAUUUUAUUGACCUGAAUGUUCUAAAGGCACAAGUGUACAGAUCGGACAUGAAUGACACUGCAAAGCAAGAAGAGAUUUUACAGUCCACGACAGAUGCAGCAGAGUGGAAUCUGGAAGUAGAACGUGUGCUUCCACAGCUGAAAGUUACAGUCAGGACUGACAAUAAGGAUUGGAGAAUUCAUGUAGAUCAAAUGCAUCAGCAUAAGGAUGGAAUUGAAUCUUCUUUGAAAGAAACUAGGGGUUACCUUGACAAACUCCAUAAUGAAAUCAGUAGAACACUGGAAAAGAUCAAUAGCAGGGAAAAGUACAUCAACAAUCAGUUGGAGCACUUGGUUCAAGAGUACCGUUCAGCACAAGCCUUGCUGAGUGAGGCUAAAGAUAAGUACCAGGAGGGAAGUGGAGGAGUAACUGAAAGGAUUAGAGUGCUUUCUGAGAUUACAGACGUAUUAGAGAGAGUAAAGCAGGAAACAGAAGAGAAAGGAAGCAGUAUGACUGAUGGUGCUCCUCUAGUGAAGAUUAAACAGGCCUUAACAAAACUGAAGCAAGAAACCAUUCAGAUGGACAUACAAAUUGGUGUAAUGGAACACACAUUACUCCAGUCAAAGCUGAAAGAGAAAUCCAAUAUGACUAGAGAUAUGCAUGCAACAAUGAUUCCAGAAGCCACAGUAGGUGCCUAUUAAAAUUGUUUGGAGCUGACUUGGUUUGCCCAAAAUACAGUUUUCUACCAUUUGCUUUUUUGUUAGUUUAGAGGUUUCCUUUUUGUUGGGGGAGGGGGACGUUCUUUUUUCUUUUUUGUUUUUUUUAACAGGAUGCUUGUCAUGCACUUUUAAGAAGUAACAUGCACACUUUGGACUCAACAUGGAGCCAUGUUCAGUUUUGUGCUGUAAAGAUUUACUGCAGAUUCCUUCCAAAUAUACUAAUAAAUUCUUAUUAAUGAACAUGUCUCUACUUCAUUGGAGA